AUGGAGCGCGUGUACUCGGCGUUUUUCACGUCCGAGCGACGUCCCGAGGCGCGGGAGCUCACGGCAGCAGCCCUCGCACUUCAUAACGAGAGCCAAGAUAAGCCCUCGGACGUACCGCAGCGCGUGUGUUCGAGCGACCGCGACCGUCGACGUCGUGAUGGGGACAAGAGACAGGCGGAAUCGGUUACCGAAAUUCUGCGACAUGCGACCGCCGGCCGCCAAGAGCUCCACAAUGUGACGACCGACUGGAAACAGCUUUUUCCAAAGGAUCUUGAAGCCGCGGGUCAAGCAGCAGCCCGAGCUUUUGUCUUGGCGUACGGAGCCAAAGCGUUCACUGCUGUGCUGCUGGCGUCACGCAAGUGGAGCAGUCUCGAGUAUGGCUACGCCGACGCAGCGAGGCUCUUGUUGAGGCGCGAUACGCUCCGAUUUGGGGCUUUUUUCGGGACGUUAGUGGGGACGUUUCGCAUCACGGAACUUGCAGCACGAGCAGCUCGAGGUGGACGGAAAGAUGCAGUGAAUUUGGCUAUUGCAGGUGCAGUCUCUGGCUCGGCCUUGUUGCUGGAUUCCCCUGCGAGACGGAAGACUGUGUCGCUGUACAUGUUUGUACGCAUGGUGGACGUCGUGUGUCGCCACUUGACGUCCAUUGGUGUCUUGCCGACGUGGCGGUACUCGUCGGAGAUGCUUUUUGCCAUGAGCAAUGCGGCCAUCAUGUAUGCUUUCGUGGUGGACCCGAGUUUGUUACCUGAGAACUAUUACCAAUGGAUCUGUCGGAUUGGCGCUGUCACUCAUCAUGGCUUGGAUUACACUUUGCGUCAGCGUAUGCGUGGUCAGCUAGACGCCCGUGGAAAGCCGUUGCCAUUUCGUCUGUGCCAACCUCACUAUCACAUGGAGUCCUGUGUGACGCACGCAGCCAAGGAAUGGAUCAACGGCUUGGGGAGGUCGAUGCAGGUCUACCUCCCUGUACAUUUUCUUCCCGCUAUGAUUUUUCGCUUUCAGCAGCUCCGAGGCGCUCCAGCUUGCACAACCGCUCGCAUCUCCUACGCAGCACUGUGCUCUUCGGCGUUUCUUACGUCGUAUCAGACGGUGGCGAAGUUGGUGAUUUGCAUGGCUCGCAGUACUUUACACCGAGACGAAACUACCACCAUGCUGGCUGCUGGAGUUGCGACGGGCGGCGCUUUGUUCUUUGAGCACACCAAGCGCCGUUUCGAGCUCAUGCUGUACUGCCUGCCACGCGCAAUCGACAUUGUGUGGCAAGUAUUGAAGCGUCGAGGUAUUGUGCGCUAUGUGAAGCACAGUGAAGUGGUCAUGUUUUGCGUCUCGAUGUCGCUGAUCAUGUCAAGCCCGGCACGCUAUUUUAAGCCAACGUACCUUCAGAUUCUACGAUUUAUAUUCGGCGGCGACAUUAUUUGA